AUGUCAAUUAUGCUCUACCAACAGCUGUUCAUCUCCACACUCAUACCACUUGUUUCCCUGUACUUGUAUUUCAGGUCUUGUAGUAGAUCAAAGAAGCCAUCAGUCCUCCCCCGAAACUGGCCAAUAGUACACAUGUUCCCUUCUCUUAUUGCCAACCUCAAUUAUUUGCAUGACUAUUUCACCAUGGUGCUUGCCAGAUCAGGUCACAACUUCAGGGCGCAUGGCCUACCUGGGACCGGAAUGCGGUUCUUCAUCACUUGUGACCCUCCGAAUGUACAACACAUCUUCACCACGAACUAUGUCAACUUCCCAAAGGGCGCGGAGUUUGCUGCCGUCUACGACAUCAUGGGUGGCAGCCUCUUCACAAUCGACGGCGAGCCAUGUCGUCGGCAACGGCCUAUAGUACAGAGCAUGUUCAGCAACCCGCGGUUUGUUGCGAGUAUGGCGGCUUGCUGCUGCAAUAAGGUGGAGAAUAUCCUCCUCCCGUUGUUUAGCCACUUGGCAAGCAGAAGUGCUACGUUCGACAUGCAAGAAGGGAUGUCGAGGCUUAUGUUUGACCUGGCCACUAUGUCUCUAUAUGGCAUAGAUCCUGGCCUUCUGUCCUCAGACAUGCCGCCCAUGGAUGCUGCUAUCGCCAUGGACACUGUGAUGGAGGUGGGAUUUUUAAGACAGGGUGUGCCGGGCUUUUAUUGGAGGUUGAUGAGGCGACUAGGCAUCGGCUUCGAGAGAAAGCUAAGUGCGGCACAUAAGGUGCUACAAGAAUUCAUCACGGAGAUGAUAGAGAAGAGGAAGACCCAACGAGGACGUGUUGGUCUUGGUCAUGGUGAGGAACAAGAUGGUGUGGAUUUUUUGGCCUCCAUCGUCAAAGAAAACUAUGCUGACGAUGAGUUGUUCCGUGCGAUGCUCAUUGGCUACAUGAUUGCUGCGAGGGACACUGUCACCGCGGCCCUUCCAUGGAUCUUCUACAACCUCGCCCAGAACCCUAGCAUUGUGUCGAGCAUCCGGGAUGAACUCUCACCCAUUGCAUCACAAAAGGACGAUGGCCAUGAGGCGGGUACAACUGCGAUGCUAAUCUUUUAUCCGGAGGAGACCAAAUCUCUGGUCUAUCUGAAGGCUGCCUUGUAUGAGACUCUAAGGUUGUAUCCACCGGGGCCUUUUGAGCGCAAGACAGUGGUCGCCGAUGACAUCAUGCCAAGUGGCCAUGAGGUGCGAUCUGGGGAUACUAUUAUUAUUUCUUUCUACUCCAUGGGGAGAAUGGAGGGCGUAUGGGGUAACGAUUGCCUCGUCUAUAACCCUAAAAGGUGGCUCUCGGAGGAUGGCAGCAAGCUUAGGUACGUACCAUCUCACAAGUUCGUGGCGUUCAACUCAGGCCCAAGGAUGUGCCUUGGAAAGGACAUCGCCAUUAUGCUAAUGAGGACUGUGGUAGCUGCUGUGGUGUGGAACUUCGAUGUGCACUUGGUGGAAGGGCAGCGCAUCAAGCCCAAGUGGUCUUCCAUAUUAGAGAUGAAACAUGGGCUUAAAGUAAAUCUGAAGAAGCGUCAAGUAUGA